AUGGCGCCCAAAAGCCUUCUUCAGCACGCCGGGCUCCUCGCCUUGGCCUCCGGCGCGUUCGCCGUGCCCUUCGUCUCCAAGGCCCAGACUACUGUCACCUCGGAGCCGACCAUCACUGCUUCGCAGGUCCCUCACACGAACGUGACCUCCCACGGCCCUUACACCGGCCCUUCGCCGACCACCACGGGCGCUAUCUCGACCAGCGUCCUGGCGUCCGCGGUGCCCAUACUCCCUCCCCCGGACGACGCCUACGACUACCCCGCGGACGGCAAGCUCCACGGGGAUCAGCCGGCGCCGUACACCCCCUCCGGCGGCAUCGGCACCAACGGCUCCGCCCCCGUCUACCGCGUCCAGAGCGACUUCGACUACCAGUCCCUCGCCCUCGCCCUCUACCAGGAGUACAUCGAGCUCGACCUGUUCCACUGGGGCCUGGACACCUACUCCGAGGCGGACUUUGCGGAGCUCGGCCUGAACGCCGAGGACCGCUUCCUCCUCCAGCACAUGGCCGACCAGGAGAUCGGCCACGCCACCGUCAUCACCAACCUGCUCGGCCCCCAGGCCCCGCGCCAGUGCACCUACAACUACCCCGUCUCCAACCUCCGCGAGUACAUCGACUUCAACCAGAAGCUCACCCGCUGGGGCGAGGCCGGCGUCUACGGCUUCCUCCCCCACCUCAACUCCGGCCCCGCCGCCCAGCUCCUGCUGCAGAGCAUCACCGUCGAGGCCCGCCAGCAGAUGAUCUUCCGCCAGUUCGAGGGCCUCUUCCCCAUGCCCGAGUGGCACACCGUCGGCAUCCCCCAGUCCUGGGCCUGGACGCUUCUGGCGCCUUACAUCUCCAGCUGCCCGGCCGGCCAGACCCGCCUCAUCUGGCAGAACUUCCCCGCCCUGCACAUCCUGAACCAGCCGAACCCGUACCGCAUCAACGGCGCCGACGUCUGGAACGAGACCACCGGCGGCUGGGCCAACACGGCGGCCACGACCAACAUCACCGCCGCCGAGUCCUGCGUCAACGCCACCGACCCGUCCCAGGACUGCAACGCCGCCAUCUCCCAGAACCGCACGAUCCCGCUGUCCUACCCGGGCCGCCAGGUCUUCUUCCAGUGGGACACCCCCGGCGUGCCCGUCGGCCCCAACAACAGCUACAUCACGGCGACCAACGUGGUCGAGCCCAAGUUCGCCGCCUGGGUCUCCCAGCUGAACGUCACCUACUCGCCGUUGCUGAACGUCAGCCUCGAGUCCCGCACCGCCUACACCAUCCAGCCCAACGUCUCCACCUGGGAGCACGACCCGGCCAUCAACUCCACCAUGUUCGUGGCCCUCACCGACGCGGACCUCUACGUCACGCCGCACAACCUGACCAUGAUCAAUCCUCACGUUGCCGCCCUGGCCGUGUACCAGGCCGGUUGA